AUGCUCUGUGCUCGCCCCCCAUUCGCCUGGGACAAGAUCGACGUCCUGAUCUUCUAUUCCCCGGAGGCCGCCUCCUCAGAAGGCAUCUCUGACGCGCAGCUGUUGACCAGGAUUGUCGAAGGCAUGGUGACUUUAAACCAGGCCAUCACCAACUCAGCAAUCGCGGAUUUAGAGUAUCGUCUCGUCCACGUGGCCGAGCUACCGUACAGCCAGAUGACGUACGACCCCAACGACGACAUCGACCUCGGGCCGGAGCUUGAUGCAUUGGCCGCGGACAGCGACGUGGAUGAUCUACGCGACCAAUACCAAGGGGACCUGGUGCAGCUCGUUGGAUACUUCCCGGGAACGUGUGGACUAGGGUAUGUUUUCAACGGUAACGCCGAGUACGGCUUCUCCCUCGUGGGCUCAAACUGCUUCGACAAUUUCUCACACACCCACGAGAUAGCUCACAACAUGGGGUGCUACCACGACAGACUCAACUCCGGCCCGCAGGAUGCCUUCCGCCACGGGUACCGGUACUGCACGGGGACCGAUCCGUGA